CAUUAGAAGAGGUAAGGGACACUCGUUCAAGUCUGGGACCUGUCAUUUCCUGGACAAUCUAGAGUGCUGGAAAGUUGUUCCCAGGACGAGAGGGAGAAGAAAAAUCACCUGGUGAUCCAGAGCAUUAAUAACAGUUUAUAGUCGCCUAGAGUUUUAUGCGUCUUGGUGCGAUCAGGCGCGAACAGAAGGUGAGCGCACAUGGGCGAACAUUUGUCACUUUAAACCAGUGACCGGAAAAAAACAGUCUGUGAAAAAAAAAAAGUUAAACUGAAGAAAAAGGGUAGAAAAAAUUUCAUGUCCAUGUUUUCCGCUCCCGGUGAGGAGAAUUCUAUGAAGUCGAGGAAGUUUUCAGGAGUGGCGCGUGGAACAAGACCCCCAGAUUUGGAGCUGUGGGAAAACACAGUCAGUGCGCCUGGAUCAGGAGCAGCUGCGGGCGAAGAGAGGAUGCAAGAGGAAGGCAGCUCCCCUGUAGGAGCCCCCCCUGUUCACCUGCAAACCUACCUGUCUCAUCCCCGGAUGUCCGUGCGGAUGUCGGUGUACAGCACAGGGCUCCGUCCGGCGCUCAGCCGCGCCUACAUCCAGGGACGCGUGUAUAACUUUCUGGAAAGGCCAUCUGGCUGGAAGUGCUUCAUGUAUCACUUCACAGUGUUCCUCAUAGUGCUGGCGUGUCUGAUCCUUAGUGUCCUCUCUACCAUCGACCAAUUCCAGGCUCUGGCUCAUACAACUCUCUUCUGGGUGGAGAUCGUCCUUGUGGUGUUCUUCGGCGUGGAGUAUUUUGUCCGUGUUUGGUCCGCAGGCUGCCGCAGUAAAUAUGUUGGCAUCUGGGGCAGACUACGCUUUGCCAGGAAGCCAAUAUCUAUUAUAGAUCUGAUAGUGGUUGUUGCUUCAAUAGUUGUGUUGUCAGUGGGCUCCAAAGGCCAAGUUUUUGCCACUUCUGCUGUAAGAGGGAUUCGCUUCCUGCAGAUCCUGCGAAUGCUGCAUGUUGACAGGCAAGGAGGAACCUGGCGUCUCCUGGGCUCGGUUGUCUUCAUUCAUCGGCAGGAGCUGAUCACCACUCUGUAUAUUGGGUUUCUGAGCCUGAUCUUCUCCUCAUACUUCGUCUACCUGGCAGAGAAAGAUGCAGUUGAUUCCACAGGUUCCACUGGCUUUGGGAACUAUGCAGAUGCUUUGUGGUGGGGAGUGGUGACUGUGACUACAAUUGGCUAUGGAGACAAAGUACCACAAACCUGGAUUGGAAAGACCAUUGCAUCCUGCUUCUCAGUGUUUGCAAUCUCUUUUUUUGCCCUGCCUGCAGGAAUUUUAGGCUCUGGCUUUGCCCUGAAGGUGCAGCAAAAGCAAAGACAGAAACACUUCAACAGACAGAUCCCUGCAGCUGCCUGUCUCAUACAGACAUCAUGGAGAUGUUUCGCAGUGGAGAACUUUGAUUCAGCUACAUUCAAGCUGUUUUUGAGAAAGAAAUCCAACAUCCCUGCCUCCUCUCUAUCCACCCCCAAGCAGAAAAAAUUGGUGAAGAUGAGGAGGAAGAUGAAGAGUACUGACAAAGACAAUGGUCCAGCUUCUCCCACAGUCCCAAGUAUCACCUGUGACUCUGUGUUUGACAGCGGAAGGGAGCUAAGUUCAGAUGUUUACAGCACUGUUGGGACAGUGAAAAAAGGCCCCAGCCUUAUAGAUACCCAGUCCUCCUUCCAACUCCCAAGAAACUGCAGCUUUGCUGACGACCUAGAGCUGGAAUCAGAGCGAGAAAGUGAACUGGCUCCAGCUAGCACAGUAGCACAUUUGACAGAGUCGCAUCGAAAAGCCAUCCGUGUGAUACAGAAAAUGCGUUACUUUGUGGCCAAAAGAAAUUUUCAGCAAGCCCGUAAGCCAUAUGACGUUCGAGAUGUAAUUGAGCAGUAUUCUCAGGGUCACCUCAACCUCAUGGUUCGAAUCAAGGAGCUACAGAGAAGGCUAGAUCAGUCUUUAGGGAAGAUGACUUUGUUCCAGACGGGUUCAGACCGAGCCAGAGAUAAAGGAAACAACUCUAUUGGAUCCAGGCUCAACAGGAUGGAGGACAAGAUAACACACAUGGACCAAACACUGAGCCGCAUUGCAGAGUCCCUCACCUUCCUGCUGGACCAGAGGGAUGUCACUGGUGGUGAAAUUAGAAGCAAGCUGAGACCUCGGCUCAGACGAACCAGUAAUGUUCUCCCUAGUCAGGACAGCUUGCCAAGUAAUGACCAGCUGUCGCCUUCAUCCUUCUCCAACAACACCAGCACUGUGCAGUGCCCCAACCCUCCACUCAACUCCACUGCCAGUCAGGAUGAGAGCUGGUGAAACUUGAAACUAUACAUCCUCACAGCCUUCACGGUGUUUGCUUAUCUGUUUAUGACGGGUAAACACACACUGAAUAGACUCUUCAGUCUACGAUGGACACAUGUAACUACAGCUGCAUUCUGAAAU